AUGGUUAUACAAUUAACACCAAAGCCUAAAGUUGUGUUUAUUAGUUCUCUUUUCCUAUGCUUUCUCAACAAAGUUCCUUCCAUCCAAUUAACAUCAAAGAAACCAAACCAUAGAGUCUCUGCUCCAAACAAGAACAAGAUUCUCAACAAAGUUCCUUCCAUUUCAUCCUCAUCAUCUCCUUCACACUCUCAAGUCCAGAAGAGAUCUCUAAUCACCAUGGAAGAAGUUUGGAAAGACAUCAACCUCGCUUCCAUCCACCACCUUAACCACCACAGCCAACAUCCACAACACAACCAUGAGCCAAGGUUCAGGAGCCAUAACCACCAAAACCAAAACCCUAACUCCAUCUUCCUAGAUUUUCUCAACAGACCUUUGAACCAGGAACCAACCAUACCCACAAGCCUCAGUGGCGAUGCCACCACCGUCACUGCUCUCUUCGGCAGCUCUCCUUUGGCACCUCCUGCAACUGUUCUGAGCUUGAAUUCCAGUGCCUGCUUCGAGUUUCUUGAUAACCAAGAUCCUCUUGUUACCUCUAACUCCAAUCUGCAUAGCCACAAUCACCUCACAAACGUUCGUUCGUCGGACACCCCUUUUGAGGCUCUGGUUACAUCCACUUGUUUUGGUAAGAAAAGAGGCCAAGAGUCUAAUGAAGGUUCAGGGAAUAGACAUCACAAGCGUAUGAUCAAGAACAGAGAAUCUGCUGCUCGUUCAAGAGCGAGGAAACAGGCUUAUACAGACGAGUUAGAGCUUAAAGUUGCUCACCUGAAAGCAGAAAAUGCAAGACUAAAGAGACAACAAGAUCAGUUAAAAAAGGCGGCAGCAAAUCAGCAACCCAAAAAGAACACACUUCAAAGGUCUUCCUCAGCUCUAUUUUGAGAAAUCUACAAGUCCUUUCUCUUUUGGGGAUUGAGAGUCUUUCAUGAAGAAGUGAAAAAAUAGAAAAGUUUGUACCUCUUUUUAUUAGCUAUAAGUAUCAGUAAGCUAGAUUUGUAAACCUAAGAUAUUGCAGGGUAAAGAAGUUG